GAGAGCAGCCAGGUUUUCACAGCGAAGCAGGCACAUUAUUCCGCACCUCUCACACGCCGGCGCCCCUCCGGCCAGAGCCCGCUUCGUCCCUCGAGCGAACUUGCCAGGUGGGGCGAGAGAGGCGGCUGGCCGGAUGCCUCUCCGAGCGGGAUGGAUUUAGGACGUGGGAGGCCGGACCAGCGCCUGGCUUCUCGGCUCUGCCGGGGAAACGAAGGGGACUGGUGAAUGUUCCCGCGGCAGACUGUAGAGCCUGCUCCUGACACCGCCGCCGCCGCCGCAGGGAAUGCCCGAGCUGGCGCCCGGACCUCGGCCGCCGCAAACAGCCUGAGCCCUGGUCCCUGCGGUCCAGCGCAACUCUCGGGGAGGAAGCGGGACUCGGGCGGCAGAGCGGGAAAGGACUAAAAUGAGAAGUGCCAGGGCUUAUACCGGCCUUGAAGUCAUGUCUUCCAUCAAUCCCACAUCUGCAAUGUGUGAGAACGGUGCUAAGGAUGAAGUACUCUGCCUGUGCAGAAGGACCCUAAAAACACAUUUCAUUUUUCCUGGAUCCUGUCCAGAUCAAAGUACUUGCUGAAAGGAUAAUGACCUUUAACUGAGGAUGCUGGGGCUUUGGUUCUCCCUCUGAGUUCCUAUCCAUUUGUCCUCCGUUGCUUCAUUCCUUACUGUAAGUUGACAACUUCCAUCAGGGUUCAGCCAUGACUACUUCUGCCUUGCGUCGGCAGGUAAAGAACAUUGUGCACAAUUAUUCCGAGGCUGAAAUCAAAGUGCGCGAGGCCACUUCCAAUGAUCCUUGGGGGCCUCCUAGCUCCUUAAUGUCUGAGAUUGCAGACUUGACCUUCAACACGGUGGCAUUUGCGGAGGUCAUGGGUAUGAUCUGGAGGCGGCUGAAUGACAGCGGCAAGAACUGGCGUCACGUCUACAAGGCACUGACUCUUCUGGACUACCUCAUCAAAACCGGCUCUGAGAAAGUGGCACAUCAGUGCCGGGAGAAUUUGUACACCAUCCAGACUUUAAAGGAGUUCCAGUACAUAGACCGUGAUGGGAAGGACCAGGGUAUCAAUGUCCGGGAAAAGGUCAAGCAGGUUAUGAGCCUGCUGAAGGAUGAGGAGAGGCUGAAGCAGGAGAGAACCUAUGCCCUGAAGACCAAGGAGCGAAUGUCUCUUGAGGGCAUGAGUAUCAGCAGCAGCAGCAACAGCCAGCAGCUUUCCUACGGACGGCGAGCAUCCCAGUACGGAGAUGACUAUGGCAGAUCAAGAGGUUCUCCAUCCUCCUUCAACUCCUCUUCCUCGUCUCCUCGGUUCAGCUCUGACCUAGAACAGGCAAGACCACAGACUACAGGAGAAGAAGAGCUUCAGCUGCAGCUUGCCCUGGCCAUGAGUCGAGAAGAAGCCGAAAAGCAGCCACUUCCUCCAGCUUCCAGUACAGAUGAAGAUUUGCAAUUACAGAUAGCACUUACCCUGAGCAAACAGGAGCACGAGAAGGAAGUUAGAGCAUGGCAAGGAGAAAACUCACUGUUACAAAAGGCACUGGAAGAGAGCAACCUAAGUACAGAGAAGGAGGAGGAAGAUGAUAAGAUGAAGAAAAGCCAGUCUUCUGUGUUGGAGCUGGCAGACAUUUUUGGACCAGCACCUGCACCUUCUACCCACACGUCAGCCGACCCAUGGGAUAUUCCAGAUAGCAAACCCACCGUAGAGUCAACAGGAGCAUCCUGGGGCCCCACUGCCGACCCCUGGGUUCCAGUAUCUUCUGUGGAUCCUCUUGGUCAGAUGACAUCAUCUACUAAUCAAGCAUCUCCGGGGCCCUGGAAUCUUCCACCCAUUUCCUCUUCUGCCUCAUCCUCUGAUCCAUGGGGAAUGAAGUCCCUGUCUUCAAGUGUCUCCUCUUCAGACCCCUGGGGAAAGUCCUCACCACCUGUUCCAGUCUCCGCAGGCUCUGCUUCUACUGCCGAUCCCUGGGGAGGCUGUACUGAUAAGCCUUCCACAGCUAGCAGUGCUACUUUUGACUUGUUUGCAAAACUACCAGAACAAGUGGAUCAGGAAGAGCAUGACAGCAUCCAGGCUCCAUCAUCUGUGAAAUCUAACAGCCCCAUAGACGUGGACCUGUUCGGAGACCUUAUUCCAAGCACCAAGGAGAACGGCAUCAAGAAUAAGGACAUUUUUGAUGUUACGGAUUUAGGAGACUCUCUUCCUGAUGCUAAGAAGGACAAAAAGGAUUUCAAAACGCCAGAGACCUUUCUUGGCCCAAACGCCUCUUCCUUGGUUAAUUUAGACUCCUUGGUCACAGCACCCCAGAGCUUGAAAUCUCGUAAUCCAUUUUUGGCAGGUCUCAGCACGCCUUCUCCCACCAAUCCAUUCAACAUCACUGACCAGCCCAAACCAACUCUCAACCAGAUGCGCACGAGCUCCCCAGUGCCCAGUGUAGCUGUGGGAAUGUCCAUGAACUCCAUGUCCUACAGCACUUCCCUCCCUCUUCCGCUCAGCAGCAUCCCAUCGGCAAUGACACUCCCAGCCUCCAUGAGUGCCUUCCCUCAGGCUGGCACAAGGCCUUUCCCAGAGAUACCCCAAAACUUGCCUCAACCUCUCCUACCACUGUCUGGCUCAGGUCACCCUUCUCUACCUUCUCAAGGCAGUAUGAACCCUUUCCUUUGAGAAGAUGCUGUCUGUAUUUUGUGAACUCUCUUGUUCCUUCCUUAGCUGUUACGAAAAUCUUCCCAUGCCAAAGCUUCAUGGCACUGGCUCGUACAUUGUGAUGGAGGACAUUUCACCCUGGAAGCUCUUCUGCUAGAUUCUGUCCAAGACAGAGACAAGCAGGCAUGCACCUCCUUCCUUGAAGAGUAACCAAGGAGCCGGCACUCCGUGUUGAGCAUUGGCUAGAGUCUGCUUCUGGUGGCAAUAGGGACAUUCCAGUCACCAGCUGGUACUCUUGAUGGGCAUAAAAACCAGAGAUGGUCCCUUAAGAAGGGCUGUACUUUUGAGAGCCUCUGUUCUCCAGCGUUGUUUUAUUCUGGUACACACAGAAAUUAAGAUAAAAUAUAAAUUAACUCAUAAAGA